UAAUUGCAAUAUACGUGUCAUUUACAACAUAAACACAAUUAAAUAGUAACUAAACCGAUAAUUUUACAUUCAUUAAAUUUCUUUUCAUCUAUAUUUCUAUCGUUCGCAAAUUUUGGGUUUUUGCUCAAUCUAUUAGUUGUGUAUCAUUAAUUAAAUUGAUUGAUCAUUGUGUGGAUUUUCCAUUCCUUUUUGCAAGUGUCUUAAUCAAAAAGUCAUCAGUAUGGCUGAACAAGAAGUUCCAAUUGAUAUUCAUGCAAGUAAAUUACUCGAUUGGUUGAUUACUCGACGUCAUAUUGCCAAGGAUUACCAGCUUCAUUUGAAUAAGAUUAGAGAAAAGAUUCUUGAAGCUAUUCAAGAUAUGCCAGCUCAUCCCAAGAUCACGCAACUUCUUGCAGGAACACAAUUGAAUUACUUUAACUGCAAGCAAAUCGUUGAAAUAUUGAAAGAAACUGAAGCUGAUUCCAAGAACAUAUUUGGUUAUUAUUCCUCUAAACGUGUCAAGGAUUGGCAAGAGAUUGUUAAGUUGUAUGAAAAAGAUGAUGUCUAUUUAGCUGAAGCAGCCUCUCAGCUCCACAGGAAUGUUAAUUUUGAAGUGCCAACAAUUCGCAAGCAGUUGAACAAAUUUCAAUCCAAUGGAGAAGACUAUAUGAGAAAAGCAGCUGACUGUGCAAACCAGGCAAACAAGCUUAAAGCAGAGUAUCAUACUUUUGCUGAUAAAUUGGGAAUAAAGGGAGAUGACAUUCACAUAGAAUUUCAGAAUUUGAUUCAAAAUCUUCCUAAAUAUAUGGAUGAAGUCAUUCAAGAACUACCAAAGUUAUCUGAAGCUCGGGAAUACUAUUUAGAGUUUUUGAAGUUCAUUGAUAAAAGAGAAAACGUCGAAUGUUUGCCUUGCUUGAAAUACCUAAUAACGAAAGGAAACACAACUGUAUACGAAUAUAAAAAUGGUGUUGCACCGACUACUAUCGAAGAAAAUGUAACGCAUUACAAUGAACCUUCAGAAGUUCAAUAUGACGAUCAGGAAAUUGAUUUCGGUGAUGAUGCCAUUGAUAUUGGACAUGACACUGAUAGUUCGAGUCCAUCUAAUGGAAAUGGGGAUUUCGUACAUGUUGAAAAGGAGGAAUGUCUUGAUGAGGGCGAAAUAAAUUGGGACAUUGAAGCUGUUGAAAUAUCUCCUGGUGAUUCACUUCAAGAUAAAUCUGAAACAUGUCAUAUUGCCAGAGGAACCGACGCACUCACUUUGUUAGAAUACCCAAUGACAAGAAAUAAUUUAAUCAACGAGCUUCAUGAGCUCGAAGGGUUUUUUGAUCAACGCAUCUUUGAAAUGAAAAUGGACGAGCACAUAUUAUCGGCAAAUCAAUUUCAAGGAGCACCAACCAUUCUUCAAAUGACCUCUAUUGAUAAAUUAUCUGCACAGAUGAAGCAAGUGCAAAAAAUAUUGCAGAUGAUGACAAAUGAAAAAAUAAAUUUAAUUUUCAUGAUGAGAGACGAUCGAAAGUAUAUUGACAAUGCAGUAAAUAAAAUGAAAAGCAAACUGGAACUGGUCGAUAAAGCUUUGGUUAAAUCUAAAUUGAUGGAAGAAAAAGCAAAAGAAGAAACUCGUCAGGGUGAAAAAAUUGCUCCAGAAAUACCCAAAAUUAUCAAAAGAACCAAAGAGCUGCAAAAACAGAUUGAAGUUGAAAUUUCCAAAAGAUAUAAAGGAAGACCUGUGAAUAUCAUGGGUGGAUAUCAAAUUUUGUAAAGAGCUGUAGAUACUUUUAUAAUGGGCUUUGUUUAUAUUUUUUAAUAUAUCACUUUCUAAGUUUGAAUCUCUUGAUUUUCAUGCUUUUGUCGGAUAAUCGUCUAAAGACUGUCAGUUAAAACAAGCUUCAAAUAUUCAAAAUUAAAGUUGAGCAACGUUGAACCUUGAA